UAAACGUCAAUGGCUCUGAAUAUCUGCCUUCGACAGCAAGAGAUUCAGUCGACAGGCUAUUCAUGAUAACUACCGGGCCACGCAACAUAAUUCGUCUGAUUUCGAGUAACCCGAGCGAUCGUUGCUAUCUGAAUAGCCUGAAAUCUUAUUUUAUACCAGCUGCUAUUCUUCUUGCAGCUGUUAUUCAUAAUCUGACUAACUCGGAAUCCCGAGUUGAUGUACCUUGUUUGACUCAGUCACUCCACCGAGUUAAUCAUACCUAUUCCUUUUCGCUACUUAGCCAGAGUUUACUUCCAUUUAACUCGCUUUCCCAUCUUUAUUAUACCAGGUUAAACCUUCUUCUUCAUUGUACACCAUCUACCAACCAGGAAAAAGCAGGCGCAAGAUGAAGUUCGGAAGAAGUUUACCUCGUAACCAAGUCCCCGAGUGGGCAUCUUCGUACAUCGACUACAAAGGCCUAAAGAAGUUGAUCAAGGCAGCUACGAAUGCUGUGAAUGCGGGAGAGGACGUUGAUCUAGCAGAGUUUUUCUUCGCUCUGGACCGUAACCUCGAAGAUGUCGAUUCCUUCUACAACAAGAAAUUUGCCGAGGCCCAUCGCCGUAUCAAGUUACUCGAGGAUAGAUAUGGUAGAAGCACGGAGGUCGUCGCAGAAUUGGACGACCAGGAGAGCGAGGAGCUUAUGGGAGCUCUGCUUGAGCUUCGAAAUCAGCUACGCAACCUACAAUGGUUUGGCGAAAUCAAUCGCAGAGGUUUUGUAAAGAUCACAAAGAAGCUGGAUAAGAAAGUACCGAACACAACUACUCAGCAACGAUACAUUACGACCAAGGUCGACCCUAAACCUUUCGCUAAGGAUACCACUGUUGUACGGCUGAUCAACGAGAUUAACAAGUGGCUCUCCGCGCUUGGGGAUGCGCAGAAUUUCGACGAUGCCAAGUCGGAUAAGUCUGGGCGCUCAGUGCGUUCGCUUGGAAGAGUAACCGCGAAGGUCAUGUUGAACGUCUCGCAACCCGUUCUAGACCAGCUUGAUGCCGCAAUUCGUAAAGAUGACAUCGCAACGCUACAGAGUAGCUUAGCAAGCGAGAAGUUGGUGACACCCGAACAGGCCUCUCAGGAGAUGCUGCUCAACCUCCUACAGCGUUCUAUUUCCGCUCGGUCAAGGGCCUGCAUCACACACCUCCUAGGGCAAAUUAAGACAUUGGACGAACCGGGAGACAUAAAUGAGCGCAAUUGCGUUCACCGUCUAGUCAUCCAUAUUGGACGGAGUAAAUCAUCACAAGUUGGCGAUCUGGAACCUAACGCGGUCUCCCUUCCAAUAAAGUCUCACUUUAACAGUCACUAUGUUGCGCCACCCCAAACUAAUGGUUCGACGGCGACACGAUCGGUAAAUGGAAACGGCCCUGGGACGCAGCUAUUAAGCAAGGAAGAUGAAACAGUACAGCUCCUGUGCUAUCUUCUCGAUUCCCUUCAAGGAGAGCAGCGCCGCGCGUUGACAGCUAGGGACACGCUAGGCCGCAUGCCUCUCCAUUAUGCGGCGCAAUUCGGCAUUGUCGUCCUCUGCCAGGUUGUCAUGGCGAAGAUGCAGGAAUGGGGACAGUUCAAUGUCGAAGAUGGAAUUGAUGCUCCUGAGUGGCAGGAUAAAGAAGGCAAUGCGCCACUUCAUCUUGCAGUCAUCGGCGGUCACCCAUUGACUACGAAGUGUCUUUUGCAGGGAGAGAACUGGCAGGGCCCGACUCAUAAAGAAGGUGUUGCUAGGAAAUCUGUGUCUAAAUCCAGCGCCGUAUUGGCAUUGGCUACGAAAUCGAAUUUCGUAUACAUUGUGCGGAUGCUCGUGGAGGCCGGUAUAGAUAUAAACUGGCAAGACGAGACAGGAGAGACUGCGUUGCAUAUUGCUGCUAGAUUUGGACACGUCGAGUGUGUUAAGAUCCUGCUUGAGGGCUCACCAGAGCAAAAAGUAAACUUGGAAUUGCCGGAGAAAUCGUUCGCAUGGACUCCUCUACACAUAUCGGCCGUGGAUGGACAUCUUCCCGCGGCGCAACUACUAGUAGAAGCUGGGGCAGAUGUUGGGAAAAUGGAUUCUUUCGGGUGGACUGCUAAAGAACACGCAGCUUUACGAGGACAUCUGAAUAUAGCGAAGCUACUCGCGGAGCAUGAAGUUAGCUCACUAUCUGCGAAUGGCGCGGAGGAUACUCAAACGCCGCCUUCGGUUUCGUCCUCACCUCCAGAAACGUUAUCUCUCGAAGACCGAAGGUCAGACGGGAGCACCCGGAUCACGGAGCCGAUUAAAUCUUUCGGUCACCGUUACCUAAAAGAUAACAGCCUUGUGAUGGUGAGCUUAGGCUCCAUGGAUAUGCGGAAGAAUAUCGAAGCUGUCAAACUCGACCGCGUUCCUUUAACGGCAGCGCAUACCAAUCAGCUUGACACGGCCCUAUCCGUUGUGGUUUCAGCUCAGGGGGCGCAGGGGGAGCCAACUAUCAUUGAUCUGCCAGUACACGAAAAUAUAUCCACCGAGCCGAUCUUGUUUACUACAUCGGAUGCCUCAAAUGUUAGAUUACUCUUCGACAUCGUGCCUACCUACUCCGGCAAUGAGAAAAACAAGGUUGGCCGUGCGGUAGCGUUGCUAUCAUCUGUCCGUCCGUCACUUGGGACGAAGCGAAUGAACCUUCAGGGCGAUGUAUGUGUACCAAUCCUGGGCGCAAACCUGGAAGUUAUUGGUGCUGUUAACUUUAACUUCCUCAUCAUCACGCCAUUCUCGCAUCCAAACAUGGAAAUCAACUCUCACCAGACGUACUGGAAGAAGUUGUCCUCUACUAUGGUCUUCGGUCAUCGUGGUCUGGGCAAGAAUUUCCUCGAGAACAAAUCGCUCCAGUUGGGCGAGAACACGGUUUCGUCAUUCAUCGCUGCGGCUAACUUGGGGGCUCACUAUGUUGAAUUCGACGUCCAGCUCACCAAAGACCACGUACCUGUCAUAUAUCACGAUUUCUUAGUGAGCGAGACAGGUAUAGAUGCGCCGGUUCAUACAUUGACCUUAGAGCAAUUUCUCCAUAUCAACAAUGAGUCUCAGCCAAGACCUGGAAAUGAAUCCCCUGACAAAAAGAGGGAUGAUACUAAUGGUAAUGGUGUAAAAGAGCCCGGACCGAGGCAAAGAUCUCUCUCUGUGGACUUGGCUAAAGGUGUGAAGAGCAAUCUUGACGAGCGUAUGAAAUACACACUCAACUUCAAAAAGAAGGGCUAUAAGGCAAACACCCGGGGAAACUUUGUUCAGGCGCCGUUUGCCACUCUUGAGGAGCUCUUCAAGAAAGUACCAGAAAAUGUCGGGUUUAAUAUUGAGAUGAAGUACCCCAUGCUACUCGAGAGCGAGAAAGAGGAUAUGGACACAUAUGCGAUUGAGCUCAAUUCAUUCUGCGACACUGUCUUGAAUAAGGUGUACGACUUGACUAAGAAUCGUCAUAUCAUCUUCAGCAGUUUCAACCCCGAUAUCUGCCUCUGCCUCAGCUUUAAGCAACCGAGCAUUCCGAUUUUGUUUUUAACAGACGCGGGGAGCGAAGAGGUCAGCGACAUCAGAGCUAGCAGUCUUCAGGAGGCUAUCCGGUUCGCGAGCCGCUGGAACCUGCUGGGGAUUGUGAGUAACGCAGAGCCGUUCGUGAACAGUCCCCGGCUAGUCAAGGUGGUGAAGCAGACUGGGUUGAUCUGCGUCAGCUAUGGAGUUCAGAAUAAUGAUCCCACAUUAGUCCAGCGCCAGGUUAAGGAAGGUAUUGAUGCGGUGAUCGUGGAUAACGUCCUUGCGAUCCGUCGGGGACUGACGAAGGAUGACUGAGCAUUAUAGAGAGAGAGAGAGAGAGAGAGGGAGAGAGCUAGACUCAUUAGACCUGACAAGAAUGAGUACCUAAUCUAAGAGAGAUAGAUUGGGAUUAUUUAGCCUUGAGGU